AUGUCACUAGCACCACCAUCUUACUCGUCCGAAACCAAAUCCCAGCCAUUGUUUGCCUCGGAAUAUUGUCUUUCCCCAGAAUCACAAGUCGAUGACAGUUACUUCAGUCAUACUGCGCCGUCUUCACCCCGACUUGUAAUAACGAAUAGCAACGAUGAUGAGGAUAAUAGCAUGAAAAAGUAUGAUGAUGUUUCGUUAAAGAGUCAAUAUCCAUGCCAUCGGUCAAUUGAGACAUUUAAUGAUUCAAUUGUGGAAGAGGAGGAGUAUCAAGAGUCUAGCCAUAAAGACCAUGAGAUACGAACUGCAUUCCAGCAGAAAUGUUAUGAUUUCUUUGAAAGACCCAAAAGUCGAAGUGCUCGAGUGUUCUUCGCUUUCUCUGCAGCAUGUAUUGUUAUCACUGUGGUUAUGAUUUGUGUUGAUUCAUUGCCCAAGUAUGCCCUUCUUGAUUGGUCUCAAUAUCACCGCAUGUGGUUACCUCUUGAUACGCUUGUUAUUGUGACAUUCACCGCAGAAUAUGUUGGGCGAUUCUUUGCUGCAACAAACAAACUGAAAUUUGUCAUCAGGCCAAUGAAUGUGAUUGAUCUACUCUCAAUUCUUCCAUUCUAUAUCCAAUUAGUUAUGCCAGGAGGACCAGAAGCCGCCUUUCGAUUUGUAAGAGUUUUACGACUUUUCAGAAUAUUGCGUCUGUUUGACUUUGCCAAACGUUCUGUCGGAUUUAAGGUUACGACAAGAGUAAUCAAACGCUCGCUUAUCCAAAUCUUUAUGGUGUCAUUCUGGUUCUUCAUCGUCCUCCUCCUUUCAUCUAGUUUAAUGUACUUUUUGGAAAGAGGACAAAUUGAUGAAGAAAAACAAGUCUGGUUCAGAAUGAAUCCAAAUAGUGGUCAACUGGAAAUAAGCCCGUUUCAAUCAAUAAUACACGCAUUCUACUGGUCUAUUGUCACACUGACAACAACUGGUUAUGGUGAUGUAACUCCGUACAGCGCAUGGGGCAAAGUCUUGGCGGCUGCUACAAUGAUAUGCGGGAUAUUGGUUAUUGCAAUGCCAACGUCAAUCAUCGGGUCAAACUUUGUUGCCGAAUGGACGUUACAUCAACGCGCCCAAUUCUUGGCUAAGUUAAGAAAGACUCGCCAGCAGGCAGAGCACCCAAAAACUGCAAUUUCAUGGCAGAACAAAUUCCUUCGAAAGCAAAACCGGGAAUUGAUAGAAGCAAUCACAGAAGUACAAGAAAAAUUAGCAGACGUAAAUCCACCUCAAUAUUAUCAACGAUACAAGAAAAUUCGCAAACAAUAUGCGGCCGCACUAAAGAAAAUAGCCCAGUUAGAAGCAUCACUAGAAAAAUGUAAGAAUUCUACUUGCAAUCACGAACACGAUACCGAUAAUAGCGAAAAGAAGUCUAGUGAUCCGCAGAAAAGCUGGUUGUCAAUUUAUGGAUUGCGUAAUAUAUCUCGCAGGUCAUUCACCAUGCCAAACGAUACAGGGAUUGAUCAAAGGCUGAAUGAGAAAACGGUUACUGACGAAACUUUGAGAAAUGACACGUACGAGUCGAAGGGUAAGGCAAAUACUGAUGGUAACAAGCGUAAGAUAUUCAAACAAUCAAUGUCUCUCGGUUAUCCCGAUAAUUGGAUAUCGCCAAAGCGCGGAAUGGCCAAGGAUGUCGUCAGCUCUCCAUUCAACCCACGUCCAGCUAAACCUCAAGUUAUCUCGGACGCAAACGAUAAUAAUGAUGAAAUGUCGAACACGACCUUUCACUCUCUACCAGACGAAGUGCGUCUACCAACUCUUCAAAGAUACAGUGAUCCGAACAAGUCGACCGCAGGCAGAAAGGGAUUAAUGGAUUUAUUUAAAAAAAGGAAAGACAGCACGCUUUCUACUAAAGGGGGAAGCGCGAACGUGGAAGCGGCCAUCAUAGACAUAAAUACGAACAGAAUGCAAACGGUAGAUGGGGAUGUCGAUAGGAAUGAUGACGAAAGGGAGAACGUUAUCGAGGAACAGUCCGUUGUUAAUGAUAGAGAGACUAUGUCUGAGAAGAUCGGCACAGAUGAAUAUAGUUUUAGUUGCGAUACUAAUACCAAUGACAAUGCAGAGAUCAAAAUUGUUAUAGAGUGUCCACAAGAUGAAAUCGAUAAUGAUAAAGAUGAUCAGAAUAUCAAUGAGGAAGAACACAUGCCCAUCAAACGAACAAAUUAA